GAUUGGACCAGCGGGACACCCGCUCAGGAGUGUGUUCUUGCGCGUGCGCUCGGUUUGAAAUCUGGCGUCGUUCUGUUUUGCCAGGGGCCGUAAACCAAGGAAUCUGGCAGUGACGGCUGCUUGAAAACCCCGGAUUUGUGCGACAAGAUGAUGGCCAAACAGGUGCUCACUUUCUCGCCGCCUACCAAAGCGGUCGAAGGCGAAGCAGCAGUGGAGACGCUGCUCCUUCAACCCUUCGCUAAGCCGCCUCAGGUCACCUUUGAGAACGUCCCCGCAAACCGCGACGCCGUGCGCAAACUGCGGGUUCUGAACACGACAAACGCCGAGCAACUUGUGAGGCUGGGCGUGCCGCAAGGCAAAGGAUUCACCGCUGACACUGAAGUGUUCAAGGUGCUUCCCGGACAGUCACAGAUGGUCACCUUCACCUGGAAGCCUGGCGAGAAGGACACUGCUGCCCGGGUGGCUGUCUCGGUGUCCACGGACAAAGGUGUCAGGAGCCAGUUCGUCUUGCUCGGAACAGUCAGACAGGAGGCACGGCCACGAAUAAAUAAGAAAGGAGCGCCGAGGUCGAGCAUACUCGCAUCUUCGCAGAAGCCUAACCUGACCCCUGGGCCUCCCAAGAAGGAUCUUGCGAAGUUGCCUAAAAAUGCCUUGCCAAACACAGUGCAGCUUACCGGGAAAGCUGCCUCUACUCCGAGGAUCACCGUCCCCUUGGAUUUCAAAACACGUGCGAAGAAGCGCACCGGUUGUAAGAACGUGCGCAACGCAACCGCACAAUCGACAGCGCCCAUCAGGCAGGCUUCCUCGAGCUCAUGUGCAAGUAGCACCCGCCCGAGAGCCGACGGCCAGCGCUUUUGCCGUCCCCAUCAAACCGCUCCAAACAAACCCACAAACAAUGCUCGUCCUGGGACCUGCGCUGCUCAGGCUGUGGUUUCUCUCACGGCACAUCCCUCUAAUAAAAUUGAGCAAAAGAAACCUGAAACCGAGACUGUCUCAUCAGAAGGAAUCAGGAGAGAAACAUUCAUCGGUGGCAUCAAUAUUCCCGAAAAUAUGAACCACUUCUCUGAUGGCAGUCACAGUCACGGCGGGGCUGACCAAGCUCAGCAGUUCGUGUCAGUCACUGGAGUUUUUAAUGACAUGUCUCUUCCGAAUGAACCUGGUGACUUCAAGCUCCAAGGAGAGACGUUUUGCAGAGGACCCAAUUCGCAUCUCCAGACAACUGUUAAUGCUACAUUUGAAGACAGUUUGGAGCCCGGAAGUGUGGCAUUUGAAGACAGUUUGAAUGUCGAGACCAAGGAUUCGGCUAACUUAGAGGAAGCGGUUCGUAUCGGCGAAGGAAGCGACCCCACUCAGAAUGACACCUUCGAGCUCGACCUGAGUGCACGUAUGGAAAUGCUGUACCAGCAGAUAAAUGAGAGGCAAGCCUGCAGUGGCGCUCGGGAAAAUGUGACGGAUUGCGCUGGCCCUGAGCAGCUGGACACGAGCGCUUACUUGUUGUCACUUUACGACGAACUGUGCGAGACAAAAUCCAAGGCCCUCCUGUACAGUCCGUCGCUGGUGGACAAAGCUUUUCCCGAAGCGAUGCUACACGAACGCCGCUGCUCGUCGCCCAAGCUCCUGGAGAAUGCAGUCCGAGAUGACUCCCUGGAAGACCUAAUUCAACGACUUGAGCUUGGCGUGUGCGACGGUUCGCUGUUCAGGAUGACCCAGACUUGCGCUGAUGGCGCGUCAGUUGAUGGUCACUCUUGCAUCGAAGACUCUCUCUCUGUGGAUGUCAGCGGCAUCCCGGGUAAGCCGGGAAAUGAAUCCUGAAGCAUCCAAGACUGUGGGACUUGGCAGUGCCACUCCUCAAUGCAUGCCAUACAGUCAAGCCUGUUCCCGUCAUCUUGACUAGCAUUUUAUUCCAAUGCCAAAUAAACAAACCUUUGUACAAAGUGUUUGGAAACGAUAGUGUUAAGCAUUGUUUAAUGUAAGUGUGUUUUACGAGAUUUUAUGCUUUUAUAUUAUGUACAGGAUUGUCAAUUACUCGAAUAAAACUGACAAUAAUGGUGGAAUGUCUUUUUCUGUGUUCUUUACAUUGUUG